UGCUCCGCUCCAUCUUCUGCCCGCCGUCACAACCAAUCCAGCCUACAUACAUGAUGGAUCUGAAUCUAGUCACUCGACGACACCUUUGCAUCAUGUUACGCCUGCACCCGCGCCAUGUUAGCACACCACCCGGCCGCAUUUAUAUUCUUUCCUAGGAGCCCGAGCCCGGGAGGAUGGCAACCUGCUUAGCUUCUCGACUUUCGAGACCGAUUGUCCGCAACAUUCGUCACCAUUCCGAGUUGAAGCUUUUGCUGCUCCCCAGGAAUCUACAAACAUCAAGCAGAAUGUCUACUGCAUACACAGCAACUGUUGCGAAGGCCAGCACAGGUGCCGUCCCUGACGAUGCAGCUGCAAAAUCACACCACGUCAUGGAUAAGCGUGGGAAUCGCAUCAAGUUCAGAAACCCACAUCCUUCUGCCGGCGAAGAACAUAGCGUCGUUGACGUCUUUAGGCGGAUGGGAAAAGCACGCAGGAAUGGCGAAAUGGAAAUACCAUCAACAGCCAACCACAAGAUCCGUGUCAUCGAGCCGACCUUUCUCCCCUCGCGAACAGCCUCGGACCGCCUACGCGCGACGUGGCUGGGCCACGCCUGCUACUACAUGGAAUACCCCUCUGGCAUCCGCGUGCUCUUCGACCCGGUCUUUGAGACGCACUGCUCGCCGCUGCCAGAGUUCCUCAGCUCGGCGUACCGCCGCUUCACCCCUGCGCCCUGCCAGGUGGCCGAGAUACCCAUCAUCGACGCCGUCGUGAUAUCCCACUCGCACUACGACCACCUGUCCCACCCGACCGUCAAGCAGAUCGCCGCGCGGCACCCGCAGGCCCACUUCUUUGUCGGCCUGGGCCUGGCCCGCUGGUUCAGGAGCAGCGGCAUCGCCAACGUGACGGAGCUGGACUGGUGGGAGGACGCCGAGCUGCGCCUCAAGGCUGCCGACGGCUCCCCCGACGCCACGGCGACCAUCUCGUGCCUCCCGUCGCAGCACGCUUCAGGCCGCGGUCCGUUGGACAAGGACACGACCUUGUGGGCGUCGUGGGCCGUCUCGUCGGGCGGCAGGUCCGUGUGGUUCGCCGGCGACACGGGCUAUCGCAAAGUGCCGGAGCUGCCGGCGGGCGAGGACGACUACGGGCCCCAGCACGCCUCCCUGCCGCGCAACCCGGACUUUGCCAAGAUCGGCGCGCUCCGCGGGCCCUUUGACCUCGGCCUGAUCCCCGUCGGCGCCUACAAGCCGCGCUGGCUGUGGUCGCAGGUCCACGCGGACCCGUUCGACGCCGUCGAGAUCUUCAAGGACGCCAGGUGCACAAGAGCUCUCGGAAAGCACUGGGGAACCUGGCACUUGACCAGCGAAGACGUGGACGAGCCGCCGAAGCUGUUGAGGGAGGCGCUAAAGAGGUCGGGCAUCGCCGAGGAGGGUGUGUUUGACGUCUGCAGCAUAGGCGAGUCGCGGGAGUUUUAAGCUUGGGGGGUAUUGUAUCAUUAUAAUCGGCCGAGGUGGCUUUUUUUUAUUCUGUUUGUUCCUGGGAGUGGAACGUAAAUCUUGGUGGAAUUUGCCACUUUUAUAGAUUUCAAGGGCGCUCUCUGCAUGAAAGACCUAGAUGACGAUAGAUAUAGAAUUCAACAAUGGCUAUAACAUUGCGAUUGUUACAGAAUGCCACGAAAAAAAAGAGGGAGGCAAAAGCAAGAUCAAAGACUCGCAAAUAUUGUUACAUAUACUCAUCCACCGCAGACACUGCUUGAGCGUCCGAAU